UCUCACACCAGCAGAGCGGGAGGAGGGAGGGACAGCGAAUAUCUUGCAUUGUCUCCAAGUGAGUGGGGAAAAAACAAAACAAAAUAAAAAAACCGAAACCAAAACCUGCCUGCUAGUCCCGCCCCUCCGUGCGAGCCCCGCUAGAUUCCGGUGUCGCCAACCUCCGAGGGCGCGUCUCUCCUCCGCCAUGGCGUCGGUUUUGAAUGUCAAGGAAUCCAAAGCAGAGAGAACGGUUGUAGUUGCUGGUCUUCCAGCUGGCCAUUUUGAUGAUCUAUUGCUGACCGCAUUAGUGAAGAUUCACUUCCAAGAUAUUAAUGAGGGCGGAGUUGUUGAAGAUGUGGUAUACCCAACAAGAACCAAGGGAGUUGCAUAUGUAACAUUCAAAGAAAAAAAAGUUGCAGAGAAUGUCAUCAGAAAAGAGAAACACUGUCUAGCAGAGAAGGCUGGACACAUUCAACUCAUAGUCUCUCAUUUGAGUGAAAAGGUCUUUAGCUCGGUCAAUGCUGUACUUGAUCUCUCCAUUUUUCAGAGUCAAGUCUUUCUGGAAUGUCUGGUAAGAGACCUAAAAAAGAAACAUCCAACUCUGUGCUUCAGUUCUUUGGAAGACAAUGGAAGAAUCUCCGUUCAAGGAUCAUUUCUGGCUAUGAAGAAGCUCAAAGAAUCUUUGCUAUUAAAAGCAAAUUCUCUUUUAGAAAAAAGCAGGGGUUUUAUCAGUGAGCAGGAAAAGAGGAAUAAACAGAGCCCCAGAAGGAGCCCACAGAGAAGUGGCAACUCUCUGGAGACACCCAGGUGCUCAGUGCCCGAGGCUCUUAGAAGGGGAGAAAUAGUUGUCCUCGACACAGAUGUUUUUCAUUACCUGAAAAGGGGCAAUUUUUAUAAAAGCACAUUGAAAAAAUAUCAUGUUCUAUGUCAAGAGAGAGUAGAUGGUGAAAUUACCACAAUUUGCAUAAGAAAUGCUCUAGCUGGUUCUCGGCCAAACCAUGAAAAACUUGUGAAAGAGUUCAUUGAGAAAUAUUCACAUGCUCUUCACUUCGAGCUUAGAAAAGAGACAUUUGUUUUGGAAGGAAUGGAGAAUAGAGAGAAAGUAAGUAUUAAGUGGGCGUGUAAACAACUAAGUUCAAAGUACCUUGAUGUUCUGAUUAAGUUUUAUGAGACACACGUUGACAUUAUAGGACCUUCUUCUGUCAUUUAUGCAUUUAAAAAAGAGGCCAUGAAAUUAAUAAGGCACACAGUUAGGUAAUAGAAUCUCAGCAAUAGGGAUGAUAAUGACUGUUGCUUUCCUUAUUGAGCAGGGAUGACAUGCUAGCUUUACGCACUUUAUCUCAUUUAAUCUUUGUGUCCUACUUCGUUGUAGGCAUUGCUAUCCUUAAAUGAUAGGGGAAGGAACCGGGGAUUUGGAGCAGCUAAAACACUCGUCUGAGGUUAUCUAGCUGACAAGGAACGAGGCUGGGGUUAAACCCAGUCUAUGUGACUACAAAGAUAAUAUUUAAGGUAUAAAACUUUGAAAAAAAAAACCCUCACUAAACUUUGAAGAAAUUUCACUUUCUCUGCAACCUCAAAUUCUUAGAAAAAGAAGUAGCCUUAAUUCUAAUAUGUGAGAAGUUUAGAUGAUGAUGAUGAUGCCAUUGACAGUUUUUUUGCAUUUACAAAGUUUGCAUUUAUGCUAAAUAGAAUAAGAAUGCUGCCAAAAGUCACUUGAGAAGCUACUUGGGAAGUAUUUCUAAUAUAGGUUAAAUCAUUACUUCACUAAAUCCCAUUGGUACAAGGUUACUGGACAGAUGGGACAUUUUUAUUUAGCCUAACUAAGUGCUUACAUAAAAUGUUCGUUCUCCUCUUGUAAUUAUGAAGACAGGGUAGUGCCUUUUUUUUUUUGUUGCCCUUUUCAUUUUGUAACUGUGUUGUUAAAGCAACAUUUGAGGAGUAAGAUCAUGGAUGAUGAGGAUAAUGACAUACGUACUGGAAAUAUCUGGGGGAACAUUUUGUAAAGUGUAUGAUUGUCCAACCACUAUGCUGUACACUUAAAACUAACACAAAAUAAUAUUGAAAGUAAACUGUAAUUGAAAAAAUUUUAAAAUGUCACAGUUUUCACAUAUGGAACUAACAGAAAAAUUGCCCUGGCUGGGUAGCUUGGUUGGUAAAAGUGUCAUCCCAUAUGCAAAGGUUGCGGGUUUGAUCCCGGGUUAAGGCACGCACAAUCAACCAAUGAGUGCAUGAAUAAGUGGGACAACAAAUUAAUGUUUCUGUCUCCAUCUCUCCUUCAUUUUUCUCUCUAAAAUCAAUAAAUAAAAAAAAAUUAAGAAAAUAAGUAAAAGGAAACAUUUAUUAAAACAAAAAGAAUAAUGAAUGCUAUUUGCCAGGCAUAAUUUUAAGAGUUUUUCAUAUCUUUAUUCAUUCAGUUCUGACAGCAGUCCUGUGAGGCAGGUGCUAUUUUCCUGCCCUUCUCACAGAGGAGGAAACUGAAGUGCACUGAUGUAAUGUAACUUGCCUGUACUCUCAAUUACUGCACUGUGCAUCUCCCUUUAAUAGAGCUGGUCUUCUACAAUUCUAUUAAAACAAUUGAGAAGUGUUACCUUAAAGAUGACAGGAUAUGAAAAUUCUUUAGUGAAGAAGGGAAGCCAGGGCUUGUAAGUCAUUACGUUGUCUAGGACUACCCUGAAUUUAACUUUGGGUGAAGCCAAUUUUAAGUAGCUGGGGGCACUGCAGAGGCCCUCCUAGAAUAAUGAGAUGUAUAUGUCUUGAGUAGUUACAAGUAGACAAAGAAUUCCAAUCAUGAUUGGAAUUGUUUAUUGUUUAUGAUGAUUGGAAUUGUUUAUAUCAGUAGAAAAGAUUAAGGAGAACCUCUGUAUGCUUUCAUUUUUUUCUUAGCUGUCUAAAUCCAAAACAUGCAACUAAUUUCUAUUUCUUUAAAUAUGACAUUUCAUUUCUGUAUGGAUAAACACUUAUCGUGGGAAACAGCUGUUUAUAUCAAGCAACCUAAUAAAGUAUCUUCAAGUUAAAA